UUCACCCCAAAUAUCAUUGGCUGGGAACGCCAUUUACUCAUUAGGCCAAGCAUAUUAUGGGUUACGCUGAGGAGAAAGUGUACCGAGCGUCCCAGUCGGACGUUGGUGAUGGUUGAUGUCGUGUUGGAGUCUCCACUUUCUGUACUACCGCUCGCUUAUAAUAUUUGCCCGGCCUGUAUAGUGUACAACACACGCACGAGAAGAACCACAGAACUGAUUCUGUCCACUUGAAAGUGAAAAUGGCGGACGCAAAGGCGAAGAGGAAGAGGGACUUGAACAAGCUUGGUUUGACGAUCGCUACUCCGGCAGACGAGCAAAACGCUGGAAAAUCCGAUACUACAAGUACAACCAAGCAGGAAGUAAAAGAGCAGGCAAGUGAUGAGGUUCCCAAGAAAAAAGUAGGUAAGGGCGGUUCUGCCCAGCCUAAGAGCUCAGCCAAACAACAACAACGCGUGUCCGUGGUUAUUAAGCAAACUGCUGAACAGAAAAGCAACUACGAUGCUCUGCAGAAGAAGCUAGAAGAGCUCGAGCUGGACGACCAGCAGAGAAAAAGACUGGAAGCGUUCUUGACGCAGAAGGAACAAGUCGGAGAGCUGAACGCAGAGGACUUGGAAAAGCUGGGCGAGCUAGGCGCAGGAAAUGGGGGCGUGGUUACAAAAGUUAAACACAAGCCCUCUGGGCUUAUAAUGGCGAGGAAGCUGAUCCACCUCGAGAUCAAGCCAGCCAUUAGGAAUCAGAUUAUCCGUGAGUUGAAGGUGCUGCAUGAAUGUAACUCCCCCCACAUCGUGGGCUUCUACGGGGCUUUCUACAGCGACGGGGAGAUCAGCAUCUGUAUGGAGUAUAUGGAUGGAGGUUCCUUGGACUUGAUUCUGAAGAAAGCAGGGAAGAUCCAUGAACAAAUUUUAGGCAAGAUUAGUAUUGCUGUUUUAAAGGGUUUGACAUAUUUACGAGAGAAACACCAAAUCAUGCACAGAGAUGUGAAGCCCUCCAACAUCCUUGUGAACUCUGGAGGGGAGAUCAAACUGUGUGACUUUGGUGUCAGCGGGCAGCUCAUAGACUCCAUGGCAAACUCCUUUGUGGGAACCAGGUCCUACAUGUCGCCAGAGAGACUGCAGGGAACUCACUACUCUGUCCAGUCAGACAUCUGGAGCAUGGGUCUGUCCUUAGUGGAGAUGGCGGUGGGGCGUUACCCCAUCCCUCCCCCAGAACCCAAGGACAUGGCCGCCAUUUUUGACGUCCCUCCUGAGUCCCUGGACCCGGACUAUGCUGCGUCCAGCAGUUCCCCCUCACAAGCAGGCAGACCAGCGGGCAGGCCUCUCAGUAACACAUUCAACAUGCCCCACCCUGGAGGGGAUGGGCCCCGACCUAUGGCCAUCUUUGAACUGUUGGACUACAUUGUUAAUGAGUCUCCUCCCAAACUCCCAAGAAAGAUCUUCACAGACAAGUUCAUUGACUUUGUAGAUAAGUGCUUGGUGAAAAACCCAGCAGAAAGAGCAGAUUUGAAACAGUUGAUGGUUCACCCGUUUAUCAAGAGGUCUGAGUCGGAAGACGUGGACUUUGCCGGUUGGGUGUGUAAAACCAUGAACCUCCAACCUCGCACCCCAACCCACACCACAGUGUAGGGACUUCCACCAACCUACAACCAGCUGUAUUUAUGGAAAAUGUUCAACUUGUGUACAUAUCGCUCUUUCACUAUUUGCAACAACACGAGUGGCACAUGUACCGAGGGAGUAAAGGGUGCGAUACCAAUAAUUACAUGUAUCUGUGGCACAUUGGCGCCUCUGAAUGAUUGAAACUAUUGCAGAAAAUGUCACGACUAUGGUGUAAAAUACAGAUGACACUUUUACCUAAUAAUAACGUAAAGGCAUUUUAAUGGCUGUGAUUGCUCGAAUAGAGGAAAGUACGGUUAGGAAAAUGAACGUGAACGAGUUGCACUAUGUACAUUGUAUUUUUUUGCUAACGACCAUUCAAUAUAGCAACAAUAUCAGAGGAGCUAUACAGUAUACUGUAUGUACAUGUAUAUCUACCAAUGUAGGACAAAUUUAACACCUGCACAUUCAAGGCAUAGUAACAGCAGUCAAAGCCAUUGGAAACACUGGAAAUCAAUCAUGAGUGAGUAGAAAGGAUCUUGUAGAAACAUUUUUAGUGCUGCUUAAGUCAGUAGCUAUGAAGAUUGGCUUCGAGUUCUGACAAUUUCUGAUCACAAGGUACUGCCCUGCAGAUAUCAAAAGUCAAAUAAAAGUGAAUUAAUUACAAAGUGAGACAAUAUAUACAGAACCAGUUAACUUAUUACACUGUACCUCUGCUAACACUGCCAACUUGCAAGGAGGAAGCAGAUGGCAUAUUUUAAAACUAACUGUGAGACUAUUGUAUAAUAGGGGCAUUGUUUACUGGUCAACAGAUAUAUAAUAGGUAGACUAGAAUAAUUCAAAUGUGUUUCUGCAAGAAAUUUAAAUAAUAAGGCACAGUUAUAUUAUGAAAUGUACAUGUACUUAUGAACUAGCAGUAGAAGUUGUGACCGUAUGAUUGUGAAUAUUACGAUAUUUACUUGUAUAUAGAAGACAAGUUGCUGUGGGUGCUUCGGGUGGGAACUUUGAAUCUGAAUAAAGGCUAACAGAAUUCA